AUGGCGGAGAAGUCCCUCGGUGGGAAACUCAUUGCAGAGUAUGUUGGUGAUCGAGUGGUAUUGGCCCCUGAGGCCGCCGUGGAGCUCAGUAGUGGUCUUUCUGGCAGAGGAGCCGUGCAGAUGUUGACGGGUCUAUGCAACUACACCAUACAUUACCCCAAACUUGAUGCUCAUGGAUAUGAGGCAUUGAAUGUGCGAGUGUGGGCGCGACUUCUUGGCUUGGCUUCUCGUCACUCGGUGACAGAACUGGCUCUUAGCGACUUUGCUAUUUUGUAUCGGAAAAUAGCAGAAGUAUUACCACAUCUAGAUGAAGACAGUCGACAUGACGUUGCUCGAGCUGCUGAGUGGUUAUUGAUGUAUGCUGAGGACGUGACGUGA